AUGAUGCAGUCCACCGAUUCCUUCGUCAUCCACGACGACAUCUCGCCCUCCUCUGACCUCGACGAGAUCGAUUCGCUGCCGUCAAUAUCUAGUAGUGUGCUCGACUCCGAAGACGACUCGGAUGCGCAGGAGGAAUGGGAGCGCAGCUUGGAGCAGAUCCAGCUCCUGCUGACCAUGGUCAUCGUGCCGUUCGCCGGAAAGUACCUGGGUCGCAAAUUUGCGUACUGGAGUUGGUCAAGAUAUAUGGAAUGGAUGCACAACGUCGAGGUGCGGUGGACAAACAAGGGCGCCUUCAAAGCUGCUGGUGUCGCUGAGGCUGCGGCUACUUUAUAA